AUGGAAGAUAAAUACACUGAAGAAACAACGCUGAACGUAACGUCUACUAUGGAAGAUAAUUACACUGAAGAAACAACGCUGAACGUAGAUUCUACUAUGGAAGAUAAUAACACUGAACAAAAAACGCUGAACGUAACAUCUACUAUGGAAGAUAAUGAGACUGAAGAAACAACGCUGAACGUAACGUCUACUAUGGAAGAUAAUUACACUGAAGAAACAACGCUGAACGUAGAUUCUACUAUGGAAGAUAAUAACACUGAACAAAAAACGCUGAACGUAACAUCUACUAUGGAAGAUAAUGAGACUGAAGAAACAACGCUGAACGUAACGUCUACUAUGGAAGAUAAUUACACUGAAGAAACAACGCUGAACGUAGAUUCUACUAUGGAAGAUAAUAACACUGAACAAAAAACGCUGAACGUAACAUCUACUAUGGAAGAUAAUGACACUGAAGAAACAACGCUGAACGUAACGUCUACUAUGGAAGAUAAUGACACUGAAGAAACAACGCUGAACGUAACGUCUACUAUGGAAGAUAAUUACACUGAAGAAACAACGCUGAACGUAACGUCUACUAUGGAAGAUAAUUACACUGAAGAAACAACGCUGAACAACAAUCCACUUCGAAGAAAGAUGAACUCGCUGCAGAAUCUAUGUUAA